UGUUUAUCUCAGGUAACAAUUAAUAAUUUUGGCGGAGACAGUAGUGAAGUAAAAUUUAUCUAAAAUGUUGUAGUCGGAAAUACAAUCCAUUAACAGAAACGCUAUGAAAAAUCCACUUAAAGAGGACAAGAAUUGGUAGACCAUAAGUCCAACAGCAGUCCAACAUGGUUCAAAACGAUAGGUUGAUAUCGUUACUUCGAAGGCUGAUAAUAAUAUUACUGACGACAAUAACAGUAAAUGGAUGGCGUGUUGUAUUCAAAGUUUCCAUGGGGAGAUUGGGCAGUGGAAACUCAAUGUACCAGCUAUGGAAUAGUUCAGAUGUCGUGAAUGAUAAUCCAUCCGGAUUCCACACAGCAAACCAUACAUAUAUGGCACCGUAUCAACCUACGUACAAAUCAAGUAUUGUCAACCAGUGGACGAGUUAUGACAUUGAAUAUGUGAAACUGGGAUUAUACAGCAGUGGAAAAGAGGCUGUAGUGGUUGUUUUUAAUGGAACAGAAACCAACAAAACAGCCUGGUUUAACAGUGAGCUUAUAUUACAAUCAACAUACCCUGAUCUUUUCUCUUCAAGUAACUACCAUUUUAGCUUAGAAGGGACAUACGGAACAGGACGGUUUCAAGCAUUUAAGGCUGAAUCAUCGAACUGUGACAACGCUAACGGAUGGUUCACAACAAUAGACAAAGACAUAACAAGUCAUUGUGGAAAAAAAACGACUAAUACACCAUACUUCUUAUACUCACCAAAUCCCAACAGCAUGAUUUUAAAAGAUUUUGCAGUAGCUGACGCAUUUGCUGUAUUUGUAGAUGACUGUGUAGUCAACUCUUGUCAGUUUGGAGGAACAUGUACCGCACAUAUCAAUGGAUAUAACUGCCAGUGUGUUGAUCAAAUCCAUGGACAGUCGUGUCAAUACCAGUGUCCCUGUUUAUACCAAGGGAAAUGUCAUGAAAUAAAUAGCAGUCACAUAAGUAGUGAUGGUCGAGUCUUCAUUGAUGGUGAAUUGAUCAAUAAUGAGGCUAUCCAUUUGGAUUCUGAAACAAUGGUUGCAUGUAAAUGUCCACAAAAUUACAUAGGAGUCUACUGUAAUACAACUACUUUACAAUGUGCUUCAUCCCCAUGCUUGAAUUAUGGAGUCUGCGUAGAGGGACAAAUGUCCUACACCUGUCAGUGUACUGAAGACUACACAGGUCAACGAUGUCAAGUUGCUAGACCUCUUCCCCCAGAAAAAGGUUUAAAUAUAGGUGCUAAAGUUGCGAUUGGUCUUUGUAUCCCACUGGUUGUAAUAAUUGGACUUGUGAUAGCAUAUAUAAUUUACCUGUUCAAGAACCCAGGAGCGUAUGGACAUGAAGCAACUGUAAAGCAAUAUACUAUUGCUCGAGAAUUUGUCAGAAGAAGUAUAAGACGUAUGUCUGGAAGACGAGGUAAGAGUUCGGAUGAAACGAAAGACACUGUAGCAUUUUCACAAAAGGACACUGACGCUAGUGUUGGACAAGUUAAUUUAGCUUUUGACGAUGCUGGAAAAACUGGUUUUGAUAGACAGAAUUCAGAAUACUACAAUUUAUCUGCAGGUGAUAACGCUGUUGUGUCUGGACAGACUACUAAAUAUUCUGUUAAUACUUCUCAAUACGCACAUCCUGACCAAAGAAAAACUUAUAACUCUCCUGAUAAAAGUUCACCUAGUGGCAAUAAGAGUGACGCAUUUUAUAAGGAAUAUCGUCCUGCUCACUUACAUGGCGGUGACGAUGAUCGCUACACACAUCCUGGGCACAGAUACGAUGAAUAUAAUAGCAAGGACAAAGAAAUUUCACAGAAUCCUGUACCACAGCCACGAAAACAAAGACAGACAGGUCGUCGUGGGCGCCACAAUAAUGAUGAAACCGAUGAUCAACAAAGUCCAUUGCCAUCUUCGAAUUAUGAACCAGAUACAAAUAAAACGCAAAAUGUUCCAAGGACCUAUCAGCCUACAGAUAGAGGUGGUUAUGAUGGUCAAAGCAUGUCCAUUGCACCUAGAUAUGACAAUUCAACUAAUAAUACUGGUGAAUUACAGUCUCCGAGAUUUGAACCAUCCCGUCCAAAUGACAAAUACAAUUCACAAACACCCAAACGUCAACAGCAAUACUCAGAGAACGAAGUACAGCUUUCUUCACGAUAUCUGCCACCAGCCCAAGACAGGUCUACAAAUGAUUCAAUGCCGUACGCAAGAAAUAACACAAGAAAGGUGAUCGAUGAUACAAGACUUUCUCCAGGUUAUCGACUGGAUCAAAACAUUCCGGAAAGAUCAUUUAAUGAUACCACACAUUCUCCAAGUUAUCAACAUCCAUCAUACAACGACCAAAGACGUUCCCCAAAUUAUAGACAUGGGGAAAGGCCUUCUGUUGAACCCAGUCAACCCCCUGCCUAUAGACAGACAUAUGACCGACCGAAUGAUGAUCCACGAAUCUCACCAGGUUAUGGUAACCCUGAGUCGAGACAUAAUCAAGGCUAUAAUAAUCAAAUCUCUCCAAGGAAUAAUUAUGACAGUAAUGAUUCAUAUAACCAGCGUCGUGAACAAGCAGGGUUUCGUCCAAUUCAAAGAGACGAAGGGAUUGUUUUUACUUCAUCAGAACCUAUGGAUGAUGUAACUGUAUAAUCAAAACGAUAUUGUAAUUCUUAUUCACCUGGGAAUUAGUUUCGUACAUCUUAGUAAAUGAUGGUUUCCAGUAGAGUAUGUUCAGCCAUAUAGUCUAAUUUGAAAUACAUUCCAGACUUAUGAUACAUAUGUAUAUUUCAGAUAAUCAUGAACAAUUGCACUCGGAGUAUUUUAAAUAAGAACAAAAAAUAUAGAUACAGAAUAUAAACGGACAAAAUGGAAAACUUUCAGUAACGAUGUAAUAAAUUUGAUAGUUGGUACAUUACUUACCUAGAUGCAGUAUGUAUUGUCUAUAUUUAUUAAUGUUUCAUCAAGUUUCAAUAUAUACACGUAGUAAGCAUUUUACAUAUCAUCUAUAUCUAUAUAAACUUGAUGGUAUAUAACUAAUUGAUAUAUUUUUUUUGUUAUUUGUAUUUUUACAUUGUAUUUGUGCUAUGCAAAAAAUAUCAGAAUACAUAUAUUUUAUACAUA